AUGUUACCAUUCGGGCCGCCGAGAUCGGCAAAACGUAAAACGGAUCCGCAUCUUCCGGACGACGCCAAACAAGGGAUGUGGUGGAGGUCACAAUCACGGGAGCACAGUCUCGGUUGGAUUGAGCCCCUGCCUUUGACCACUCUGGUAAACUGGGAAGGAGAGGCUUGCAGACGCUCGCAGGGUUGGAAAUAUGCCCGCGGUGGCUUCCAGCUUUUGGCGACGCCGGUGGUGGCGGAAGUGGACAUGGAGGUGACAGCGGCUGCGGCGAUCGUGCUGGCCGAGGGCCUAACCGAAAGAAGCACAGCAGAGCAUCAGCAGAUGCAUGAGAAUCAGGCAGAGGCAGCGGCGGGGUCAGCGAGGGGAAGGUCAAUCGGAGUCAUCGAGGAAGCGCGGGAGGGAUUCGGAGUCCUGAUGGCGCAGGAGGGCAGGGCACCGAAGUCCACGGUGGUGGCGAGGGGCGACACGGAGGUUGGUGCUCAUACCAUGGCUCUGAUCAAAAGGUCACCACGCUUGAUGGGAGGUGGAACUACGGAGGCGGCGGACGGACCAGACGUAGACAAGGCAGCGUCUCCGAGGAGAUCUGCGGACGAUGUGACGAAGCUGUCGUCGAUCCCAGCGAUAGGAGGAGGACCCGCUGUCGCACGCACGUUCCGCCCCAUGACCUCUGGAAACUCGCCCAGCCUGCCAGCAGUCAAGUUGCCGUUGUAUGAAGGGAAAGCUAACAAGACAUCUUCUGUUGCAGGAGCGGUUGGCCUUCAGGGCUCUGCUGGUCGUUCUUUGGGCGUCAAGGGGCCGAACCGCACCCCGCCGCUCACACCACCGCCGCAGUUCGCCCGCUCGCCGGUACUAUCCAUCACCGACAUCUCGCGGCCCCUCUCUGCACCGAGUGGAAGCUCGGCCGGCGGCAGCGCGCCGACGACGACCGCUCUCCUGCCCCGCAGCAGAAGUGUUGCCGGCCCCGUCGUCAAGGUGCCGCCAUCACCAUCAAGGCUUCACGGCGCUCUGCCCUGCGGCACUUGCGUUGUUGGAGAUGCCCAAAUGGCGCUGACCCGGUCCUGGGCGCACAUCGCGAUUGCUGACUCAGAGGUGCCGAACAUUGCUGCCGAGACGACCCUCGCUGGCGUUACCGCUGCACGGGUUGUCAAGUCGGAGGCGGUGAAGGAGUCCUUGGCGAGUGGGCAGGCGGCGCGGCGAUCACACCACGAGGAGCGGCGCGUGAAACCGAGGGUUCGCCACGAUGCUGGCGCGGUGGUGGCAGUAAGGACGGCGAAUGGCCGGCUGCUGGCCAUGAAGGUCGUGCAAACCGACGGAGAUGUACAAAAAGAGAAAGAGGCCCGGCAGGAGGCAGAACUUCUCGAGGUCUGUGCGCCGCACCCGAACGUGGUCGACAUGCUUGGAGUUAUCAAGACCAACACCACAUACUACACGCUCAUGUCCUUGGCGGACGGCGACGUAGCUGCCAUGAUGAAGCACGCCGGCCGCCUGACCGAGAAGCAGGCCGUGUUCCUCAUCCGGCAGCUGGUCUCCGCGUUGGAGUUCCUGCACGCGCGGAGAAUCGUGCACUGUGACGUCAAGCCUGCCAACAUGCUCCUCGUCGGGAGUAUAAACAAGAUGCGGCUGGCGGACUUCGGGCUGUCGGCUAAAGUCCCUAGAGGCCACGCCGGCGUCAACGGUGCCUGUAGAACCUUGCCGUACAUGUCGCCGGAGCUGUUCAAUGGUGCAAAGUUCGGGACGGCGGUCGACAUGUGGGCGACGGGCGUGGUGGCCUACGAGCUAAUGAUGGGCGUCCUCCCGUUUGCUGGUGGUGGGAAGAGUAGCACCGCCCCCCGCGGCAGCGGCGGGAGCGUGAGCACCGAUUCAAGCGGCUCGAUCGUCACCGAUUGCGGUAGUGGACCCGGCACCAGUUUCCGCAACAGCAGCAGCAGCAGCCGGGGGGCGUCGCCCCGACCGGCGUCGAUUCUGGCGACAGGUGACCGUGACGGUCUUCUGCGCGAAAAGAGGGCACGGAAGGAGGCCAAGGUGACGUGGAGGGAAAGAGUGCGCGCUGACAUCAUCAACGGAGAGUACACGGUAGACGAUGGUGCUGUCGGGCACCAAGGACGACGGUUCAUCGAGAAGCUCCUGCAGAAGAACCCGAGCGACCGCAUGUCCGCCUACGUUGCCGCCGGGCACAGCUGGCUCGACCCUAACUCCACCAUCCCCGCGAGGAGGCGCGCGGUCCGGCUCACGGUCGCCGAGGCGCAGGUCGACCUGAUGGUGCGGCUCGUGAAACGGCUUAAGUCGCGUGCGGGAGGACUGGUGGACCCCGCCCACCCGGCGGCGAUGAAGUCCGCGGAGGCGGUGGAGGCGACGGCAGCAGCGGUGAGCGUCCUGUCGGAAUCGGCCCUGCUCGCGGUGGCGGCGGCGGCCGAGUUGCGGGCGGAGUGCAAGGCGGCCAGGGCACUGGACAAGGCCGCUUCUGCCGCCGUUGUGUCUGCCAAGAACACGAAGGAAGCGCGGCAGGAGCAGGUGGGGGCUAACGCCAGUCCGGCAAAGAGCGGCGGCGGUGACUACGGUGGCCAUGGCGUGUUUGGUCUCGAGGCCAUGUUCCACGAGGCGGAGGAGGCCGUGCGGCGCGCGGAGGUGUGCGCCAGGAGAAUGACGCUGGCCGGAGAAGCGGCGGUUUGUGCGGUCACCAAGUGGAGGGACGUGGUCAAGCCACAGUGA